CUCUGAGCGCAUGCGCAUUGAGACAUCUCAUCAUGGCGGACACAGGCUGGUCAAGCUGUGCGAGGAGUUUAAAAGGUGUCAUUCUUGACAUGUGUGGAGUUUUGUAUGACAGCGGGGAGGGCGACGGGGUUGCUAUUCCCGGCUCCAUCGAAGCCGUGAGAAAGCUCAAAGCUUCUGACCUGAAGCUGCGGUUCUGCACCAAUGAAACUCAAGCAUCAAGAGAUAAGUUUGUUGCCAAACUGCAAAGAUUGGGCUUUGACAUUUCCGUGGAGGAGGUCUUCUCUCCUGCACCGGCUGCCGUGGCUGUGUUGAAGCAAAGAGGGCUGCGGCCCCACCUGCUGGUUCAUGACGCGCUCCUCCCAGAGUUUGCCGGUGUUGACAAGAGCGACCCCAACUGCGUAGUGAUCGGUGACGCGGCUGACAAUUUCUCCUACCAGAACCUGAAUGAGGCCUUCAGGGUUCUGAUCGGCCUGGAGAAGCCAGUGCUGUUUUCUCUUGGCAGAGGGAAAUACUACAAGGAGAUGGAUGGUUUGAGUCUGGAUGUUGGGGUUUACAUGAAGGCUCUGGAGUACGCCACUGAUGCGGAGGCUGAAGUCAUCGGGAAGCCGGCGACCUCGUUCUUCCAAAGUGUUCUCAACGACAUGGUGCUGCAGUCACAUGAGGUGAUGAUGAUCGGCGAUGAUCUGGUGAAUGACGUCGGCGGUGCCCAGCAAUGCGGAAUGAAAGGCGUGCAAGUUCGAACGGGCAAAUACAGGCCCAGCGACGAGAAGCACCCGACAGUGACGGCGGAUGGAACGGUGGACGACCUGGCCCAGGCGGUGGACAUGAUCCUCGGUCAGAGAUGCUAAGGUCAACAAGGUCGUCGUCGUUCCUGAAGUGACACUAAAUAUUGCAUUUAUAUAUAUAUAUAUAUAUAUAUAUAUAUAUCGCAUUGAUAUGACAAAAUUUACGGGGGGGGGGCAGACUAUAUAUUUUAGACGUAACAGUCCACCUGGUAUUAUUGUAUCUGUAAAAUUGUCAUGCAAUCUGCUAUUAUUUAUUAUUUUAUAUUUAUAUUUAAAUAUUUUAAAAAUAAUAAAAUAUUAUAAUAAUUACAAUAAAAUUAAAAUAAUAUAAUAAUUAUAUUAUUAUUAUGUAAAAUAUGCAAAUAUAACAAUAAUAUUAUAUAUAAUUAAUAUAAUAAUUAGUAUUAAUAUAAUAAUUAUAAUAAUAAUAGUUCUAAUAAUAAUUAUAAUAAUCUAAUAAUUAUUAUUAUUAUUAUAAUUAUUAUUAUUAUUAUUAUGUGCUUGUGUCCCUUUUUUCAGGAGCACUUUGUAAACAACAGACCAUGUCAAACAACGAAAUUGAUCCAACCAUCAAAAGGUUGGCUCAGGCCAUGAUGCCAGGUUGUAUGUUGACUUUAAAUGAAAUACUUUGGAAAGAUUGGGCGGGCCGUAUUCAAACACUUGGCGGGCCGGAUGUGGCCCCCGGGCCGUAGUUUGCCCACCCCUGGUCUAGAACAUCUUGAAAUGUGUCACAGCACGAUCACCUGAGAGUAGCGUAGCCGCCAACUGACCGGGCGACGCUCUUGCGUGCGGUCAAAAAGCCCGUAAACGUGUUUCCUAGAGAAAGUGCUUAGGUAAAGACAUGAGCGCCUAUGGACAAAAUAUUGGAACACCAACACCAGGAAGAGCUUUUAAGAUGUGUAGCGAAGCUGAUGGCAUUAACAGAUACAACUUCAAAAGUGAUGUGAACACGGAGCAUCGUUUGACAUCUGCAGCAUCUUCAGAGGGGAACCCCUGAUUGGCGUGUCUUUUGUCCAUAUACGGUCCAUACUUUGGAUUUGUCACAAAUCAAUAAAGACAUUUUUACCACAUGUGUCAGUCUUGGGAACUUUAUCCAAGAAUUCAUUAGUUCCCGCUUUGCACGGGAAAGGAGCUGGUCUGAAAGAUGGAAAAAGCGAGGCCAAGCAUGACCAAUGGACCUUCUUUGGUCCUUAAACCAAACUCUUGAAACCGUCACUGGUGUCAUAGCGAGCUUCUCCUGGAGGCCUGAUU